UAUCAGCUAAGUACUUUAGUAACCUAAAACUAUAACUAUACAUUUAAAAUGAAUUUUAGUGUUGAGGGUUCAGUAGUACGACAACUGUCAAUUGUGACACUGAGCAAAUAAACACCAGCACACUAAAAAAAAAAAAAAUAUCCACAUAAAAUGGAGAAAGGACUGAGGAUAUUGAUAAUAAAAAUAACAAAAUAAAAAGUUUUAUAAAUAAAAGUAAAAAAAAAAAUGAAAGUGAAAUGUCUGAGUCUCGUACUAAGACUUAAUAAUUUUUUAUUAGUCUAGAUAUCCUAGAUAUCUGGGCGUUGUCGGUCUAUUAAUUUUAUAAUAAACAUCCCUAUUUAUUUAUUUAUUUAUUUAUUUAAUAAAUAGAUAAAUAAAUACGCUGAUAAUGGAUGACAACUACAUAAAACUCGAAAAUUAUGAAAUGCUCAAAGCAUUGUACGAUUUCAAAGCGACAUUUGCCAAAACAUUGAGCUUCCGGGAAAACGAUCAUUUUAUUUUACAUCAGACGAAUACUAAACAACGAAACUGGUGGCAAGUUGUUAAUAAUACCGGUCAACUUGGUUACAUUCCAUCAAAUUAUGUGACGACUGUCAAGGUCCAACCCCAAUUUAUGAUAGACUUCUUAGAAGAAUGUAUAGAAAAAUUACGCAGCGAGUUUGUGAAACCCGGCGCGCCCUUGCCGAUAGACAAGCAGGAUCUUGUUCAGCGGUUGGUAGAAAAAAAACGUCAAGCUGAGUCUAGUAGGAAACCUAAAAAACCCGCGCCAUUACCACCGACCUUCAGCAGCACUUCUCCCAUUAAAGAAACUCCUAUUACUACGACUGUGACUGUUUCUUCAUCAUCAUCAGCGUCAUCAGUAGCAAAACCAGAUGCCGAACGUUCGACACCCAGUGCGUCUCACGCAGGUGCUAAAUCAUUUUUACCAGACGGUGAAAUACAAAAAAUUCCCGAUUUUAAUCGCAGAAAUUCAAAUUCAAAUAUUGAUUCCCGCCGGUCAUCAUUCCCGCGUCAAUCUGAAUUAGCUCCUAAAUCAUCAGAACUAGGUUUCAAAUCAUCAGAAGUAGGCUCUAGGUCAUCAGAACCAAUUCCUCGAUCAAUAGAACCAGUACCUCGUGUACCAGAGCAAAAUAUCCGAGGACCAGAGUCUAAUUCCCGUGUGACAGAUUCUGAAAAACCGAUAUUGAUUCGUCAAACGUCACGUCAAUCACCAACAAAGUCAUCACAAAAUAAUUCAACAUCUUUUGAAAUAGACUCGCGCGCAGCUUACAAAUUAUUGGACGAAGUUCGCAAGAAUACCCAACUAAGCUACGAAAUGUCUAAACUAGCCGUCACUGUCGUAGUGUCUGGUCUCCAGCAGCUGCUGCCAAGUUCAAUAUCUCAUUACUUCGACACAGUAUUAAAUCAGUUGCAAAUGCCUCUAAUUAAUUCUAAAAUGCGGAUCGAAGAUACCUAUGACUCAACCCGAUUAAAAAUAAUAUUCGAUGAGUUGACUUCCUGCAAAGAAGAUUCUCAGCAGCGGAGCUGGAUGUUGUACGAAGACGAGUCGAUUAUUGUUGAGUAUAUUAAGGAAUUGACGUCGAUACUGACAAAUGCUGACGCAAGUGUAUCCCGGCACGCAUUGAAACAGGAUCAGUACAAUGGAAUAAUUACACUAAUUGAGUACUAUCAGAUGGAGGCGAGAUGGACAAUUAGACAAUUGCUGCUGCAAUCAUUUGGGGUAAUGUGCAGUCUUGAUCCAGUUGUUGUCACAAUUAUGCUAAAUAGUAUCCUACCUAUGGAGUUGGCUCGUGAUAUGACCAGCAACCCGCGCAAUGUACCUAAACUAAACUACUCGUCGCUGCUGAUGACGAUGAUUUUCUCGAUGGCCGAGCCCAUGCCGAUCACGCACUUGGAAUAUCUAGGCUGUGAAUUCAUCGCGUUCCUGCUCGACGGCAUCGAAGAUCCCCCGGACACGGACCUCGAGGAUCAAAUUCCUGACUUAUUUACCAACUUGAUACUGGCUUAUAAUCUGCAGUUCAACUUCAAUGCCACCAGCAACAGCAACGCGAAUGUAAAUGAAAAUAUUUUUAUGAUGGCGCUGAGGGAGAGGACGAAUGCGAAAAUUUUCACGCAGAAGAUUUUAUUUUUACUCAACCGGGAAGAAGAUCCCGUGAGGAUUUUUGAUCACCAGCCGGCGCCGAUGCACUCGGUCUUGAAAUUGUUUAUUGAUAUUUUUUCUAUGGACAUCACGGCGUCGCUUUUUUAUACUAAUGAUAUUAAGGUACUGAUUGAUAUUGUGCUGAGGCAGCUGUUUGACAUUCCACCUGGUGAUAAGAGAAGACUUUAUCUCGAAUUAUGCAGACGCGUAUUGCGCACAACUGGUUACGAUGAUCACCGACACCGCUCUGAAGAUCUCCUAAAAUGUUUCACCCGAAUAUUUUGCGAAGAAGGUCCCGAGAGUCAGGGUGAUCAAAAAUUGAUACGUGAAAUUAGCAAUGAAUUUCCUAGUCUCUUUAAAAUGUGACACUUAUUAUCCCCCUCCUUGUACAAGGAGGUCGAGGACGACGAUUUACAAACGCUUGUAUAAAAUUCAAAAGGUAAAAUAAUAUUUUAUUCAUUAAUUAUUUAUUUAAAUUCAAAUUUCUAAUACCAAGUUCUAAAUUUAAAUUUCCAUUCCGUUAAUUAAUUAAUUAAUUAAAAAAUUAUAUUUUUUUUACUUCACUUUCAUUUAAAUAAAUUAUAUAAAUUGUAUAUAAAAUAAAUAUAUAGUUAAAUUAUUAUUUUAAAAAUAGUGAUGCUUUGUGAAUUAAUUGUCUAGUCAAUAAUUCACGUGAUUAAAUUAAUUAAUUAAUUAAUUAAUUAAAAAUAGUAGUAAAAAAAUUAAUUAUAAAUGCAGAAAUGAAUAUAAAAAAAAAUCUAAUUGCUUCGCGCGUAAUCCAUACCGCCCAUUGACAAAAUAAUUUUUUUUUGAUCGUACAAAGUAAUGAUUAAUUAAAUUAAUCAUAAUCACAAUAAUUAAAUCACAAAAUCAUAAAUUAAUAAUAAAAGUAAUGAGUUAUAUAUUUAAUGAAC